AUGCAUUGCAGAGCUUACCUCUUGCUGGAAAGAGACUACCAGGAGUUAAUGGAGAACAGUUAUAAGGGUAUUAUUGCCUUUCCUGUAAGUGAAGAUCUGAUGCAAUGGGAAGCUGAAAUUGAGGGUCUACAACAUACAAUUUGGCAUGGGUUAUUCUUCCAAGUAUCCAUAAAUUUUACAUCGGAAUACAAUUUGAUUCCUCCAGAUGUGAAAUUCAGAACAAUUCCUUUUCAUCCAAAUGUCGACAGAUAUACUGGUCGGCCCUGUAUAGAUUUUUUGGAUGACCCUGAUCAGUGGAAUUCAGACUAUAAAUUGAGCAGCAUCUUACUUACUCUCCAGGUUAUGCUCUCGAAUCCAGUACUAGAAAAUCCCGUGAAUUUGGAAGCAGCCCAAAUGUUGAUUGCCAGUAAAUCUGAGUACCAGAUGGCAGUUGUAAACCUUUUCAACUCACCAUUACAGUUGAAAAAUGACAGUCUUAUGCCAGCCAAAGAAACAGAGGAACAUGUCAGUUAUAUUUCCAGAUCAGUUCAAGCUGUUUCAUUUGACGAGUAUCAUGAGACCUGGUCUGGAAUAGCCACGUCAAAAGCCAAUGAAUAUUAUAGAACUUCAUCGCUUCAAGAUUCAAGUUUUAUAGAAAAGUAUUAUAAAUGGAAGAAAAUUGAUGUAACGCAUCCUGAAGAAUGGAAUUUAAGGUAUGCUGCUGCUAUAUCUCGGUUUUUAAAAGAAAAUAAAACUCCUCUUCAAUCCAGUUUGUCAAUCCGUAAAGUCAGCAUCUGCCCAGCUCCAGAUCAAGUUUCUCCUGAUCUACAAACGAAACUGAAUAUUGUCACAAACAUCUUUGAAGAAGCGGAGGGUGAGCUGUCACCACCAGAGUAUAACUUCUCAGAUGUGUCCUGGGAAGAAGAAGUGGAUGAUCUAGUCUCCUGGGCCAAAACUCUCAAUACAGAUACUUUAGAGGAUUAA